GUUGAUUGAUUAAAAAAAAGUGAUAGUGAAUUAAAAAAACAUUUGUUUGCACUUUUGCAGAAUUCAUGACCGAGGGUUUGCGAAAUAUAAAAUUUUCAAAAAUGCCCUCACCUCCAAUCACGGAUAGUGAAGUCUCCAAGAUGAACGCGGAUAUAAAGGAAUCCUUUUCCAAGAUAAAGCCUGUGUGUGAUAUUGUUAUGGUGUGCCCGUCUGCUGAGAGCAUAUCCAACUUUGUAGCUCGCGUAUCAGAGCUGAAGAGGGAUGUGAUGCAAGAGCUGCAGCAAUACCUGCUGUUCCCUUUUAUCACUCAUCUGAAGUCUACUGAAAUAGAAAAGAAGUUUGAGAUCCAAUGGCGAUUGGUAGACGGUAUGCGAGUGGUAUUGGAGAAGGUAGUCGUGAACAGCUAUGAUAUGUGCUAUAAGAUUGAGACCACUCUGCUGUCCAUGGUCUUCGACAACUCUAAACCUGGCAUGCUUGCUGAAGUGCCUGAAGAGCUGAAGCACAGUGUGAUGAAGUGUCUCACGGUCCUACAAGUGAACCUCGACAAGAGGUUUAGGGAGAAAAUGCUCAGAACUCAAGUGCCGUUACUGGCACAGGCGGUGUUUGUGUCAGUACACGUUGCUAAGCUGGAGAAACAUCGAGCCUUGAGACUAUCAGCUUUGAACAGCCUCAUGGCGCACACGGCGAUCCAUCCUCAGCUGACCACCGACAAGGCGCGCAUCCCCGAGCCGACUCUGGAGGCUCUGGUGGUAGACAUGCUGUCCAGCAUCCUGCCUGGCGUCCUGGCGGCGUUGCAGGACGUCGCCUUGUGCCCCAACAACCCUGGGCAUGCCGUGGUUGUGGUGAGUAGAGGAGGCAGCGAGUCAUCGAAAGAACCGCCGACAAGGCGCGCCUUCUGA